ACUACCUAAAAUGGAUAAUAAGAGUAAUUUUUAAAAAAUGAAUUAAUUUAAAGCUUCUACUCCUUAGAGUUUUAAUAAUCAAUAAGUGAACUAAGUUGAUAAACCUCUUAAGGAAAAUGAUAUUAUGCUAUAUUAAGCAGCAAAAGAAAAAUGCGCGAAUAAAUAAAAUGAAAGAUUAGCAACACCACUAUUUUAAGUAACUAGUUUAAUUACUAAUGGACCUCCACUUCAUAAACCUACUGUAAAAACAACUUAGUUUAGUAAUUAAGCUACAAGUGUCUUUGAUGUAAAUAAUUAUUGUACUAAAAUUUAGUUCUCAGAAAAUCGAAAAGAAUAGGUUUUCAAACCUCAUUGUAUCAAAGUUGCUGAACCAGGUUAAAAUUCAGAUUUAGUUUACAAACAAUAAUUAAAGACUUCAGAUCUUCAUUCAAGAGAUAAUUUAUCCAGAAAUCCAAUCACAACUGGAGAUCCUAAAAGUGAAAUCAUAAGAACAACUAAAACCCCAUUCCCUAAAGAUUAACUUAGUUUUUUUUGAUAAUUAUAAUACAAGAAAUCAAGA